AUGGACAUCCUGCAGGACUUUCUGGCGAGAUUAGCCUUUGUGGGCAUUUUCAUCGUGGAAAAUGUGCUGCAUGCAAUUCACUUUGAGUUCGAGGUGGACAACAUGGUGAUACCUGCUGUGAAGCCGCUUCCUUAUGAGUUUGCCGUGAGCUUGCACUUGGUGCAUAUCAUCUUCGGCCUCUUCGGUGCGCUCUUCGUCCUGGUGUCCGGCUUCGACACCGCAGGGCGCACGGCGCUCACGAAAGGGACCUCGAUGAUGCUGGUCUUCAUGGGAACGAUUACUUGGACCUGGUGGAUCAAUCGACAGGGGGUGCUCUAUUGGGAUUUGGACCCGUACCCCUUCUGGGACAUCCAGUGUUCCGCUGAGAAGCGCAAUCGCACCGUGCACAUCUUGAAGAACAUCAGCAUCGUAGGGGCCCUGACCAUCUUGCAGCAGCUGGCGAAAUACGAGUCCCAGGACUUAGGUGGACGCCCUUCCUUCCUUGAGGGUCUGAUCACAGCUUUGAGGCCAUGGACCUUCCCCGCCAUCUUGGGGCCGCAGCUGGUCUUGUUGGCCGUGCUGAAGUCGGUGCUGCGGCAUCCCCUGCCGGGCUACACGGGCGUCUUCGCCCUGCUGGUGGCGUUGAUCGCCAUCCAAGCGGCGGCCAACCUGGUGAACUCGUACAUGGACUUUAAGAAGGGCAUUGACAAGUCGGAGACAGCGGGUGACCGCACCCUCGUUGAUGGUGCGGACCCUAGGUGCUUGGUCUUCUUUGCCUUGGCUUCUGGUGGGGGUGCUCUGUGGUCGGUGGAGUGGAGGGCUCGGUUGUGCUUCUUCGGCUGGUCCGUGGUGGCCACCAACUACAGCAGCACAGUCUUGGGCUGGGCGACGCUGGGCACGUGCCUGGUGGGGAGCCCUGGUUGGGCACGGAGCGCGUUGGGCUACACGGCGGGUCCAGCGCCUCUGAAGUACUUGGGCCUGGGUGAUCUCACCGUGCUCAUUUGCUUUGGCCCUGGAGUGCUCGCUUACAGCUCUGAGAUUCUUGUUGGCUCCGUGCCGUCAGCGGGCUUGGUGCUGACGCUCCCGGCGGCGCUCUAUGUGGUGGCCAUUCUACAUGCCAACAACUACCGGGACAUCGAGGCGGACCGGCGAGGAGGCGCCCGAACCAUGGCUGUGGUCUUGGGUCCCAAGGCCUCCUUGGUCUACUACUAUCUGCUGCUGGCAGCCGCACACAUCUUAGCCAUCAUGGCCGGCUGGAUCUACGGGUGCUACGGCAGUGUUGCCACCGUCUUCGUGCUGCCGCAGUCCUUGUGGCUGUGCUUCCGGAUCCACCGCCCCGCCUUGCUGCGUGACCAAGAUGAGGAGACAGCUAAGACCAUGAUGAUGUGGGGGAGCUCAGGACGUCCAGCGACCGGUUGCUGGGACAUGGCUGGCUCACGCGGGAGCCUUGGGGGGGGGGGAGAUUUUUUGGAUAUUUUUUAUAUACCCAACCCCAUAUCCUCUAUAAAAUGA